AUGGCAUCCGACAACAACAACUAUGUGCAACCAACAAUUCCACGCUUUGAUGGUCACUAUGACCAUUGGAGCAUGCUUAUGGAGAAUUUUUUGAGGUCCAAGGAGUAUUGGAGCAUCAUUGAAACCAGGAUUGCUGAAUCAGCCGCUGCUGGAGAAGUGUUGACGGCUGCACAUAAAAGGGUGCAGGAUGAGCAGCAGUUGAAGGAUCUCAAGGCAAAAAAUUACUUGUUUCAAGCAAUUGACCGCACAAUUUUGGAGACUAUUCUUCAAAAGGACACAUCCAAGAAAUUUUUUGGAUUCAAUGAGAAAGAAGUAUCAAGGAUCAGCCAAAGUGAAGCGUGCACAGCCUCAAGCCCUCCGCAGAGAUUUUGA